GGUCGGUCUGAUUGGUUCAACCACCACCCGUGUGCUGAAAUGGGCUGGGUGGAUACCCCGGCCCGUUUUGAUGGUCCAACCAUCCAAACCUGCUCAACUCUCAAAUCUUUACCACUUUUCCACGGCAAAACAAAAUCCAUCCUCCAGUCUUCAUCAUCCUUUGAUUCUCCUUCUCCAUUCUCUAGUCUAGUUGCCAUCAUUUUUUCAGUGAAGAAGAAACCACAAGGCAGCAAAUCACGUAGCAAAUCAACAUUCAUCGUGUCUCCAAAUCGAGCAGUAGAUCGGCAUCCAGUAGGCAACAGCAGAUUGUUUCUGGAAAAGAAAGCCUUCCUCCUCCACGGUGCCUUCAUUCACCAGCCUUCAGCUGCUGACCUUCAUUGUCGAUCCGAGGCGUUUGUUGCUGCAAAUACUCUUUUCCUUCCUCGGUUCCUCCUUAACAAUUAAUCAUGCCUCCAUUUCUUCUUUCUGCUGAUAAGCUCGCUAGUUUUCAAUUUCUCAGCAUUUUGUUGCAGAAUUUUAAGAAAUCCUCAACUUAUCU